AUGCCUAACAGAAAUGUUGUCACUUGGACAACCUUAAUUUCAUCACAUCUCAAAUAUGGGUCUGUUUCAAAAGCCUUUGAGAUGUUCAAUCACAUGCGUGUGUCGGAUGAGAGACCAAAUGAGAACACUUUCGCUGUUUUGCUUCGAGCAUGUACCAACCGUGAACUUUGGAGUGUUGGUUUGCAGAUUCAUGGCUUGCUUGUUCGGUGUGGGCUUGAGAGAGAAAAAUUUGCUGGGAGUUCUCUUGUGUAUAUGUACUUGAAAGGUGGCGAUGAUUUGAGGGAUGCGUUACGUGUUUUUUAUGGAUUGUUGGAGAGAGAUGUUGUUGCUUGGAAUGUUAUGAUUUCUGGGUUUGCUCAAAAUGGUGAUUUUCGCAUGGUGCAAAGGUUGUUUUCUGAAAUGUGGGAAGAGCAAGGGUUGAAACCUGAUAGAAUCACCUUUGCUAGUUUACUCAAGUGUUGUUCUGUGUUGAACGAGGUAAUGCAAAUUCAUGGGAUUGUGUAUAAGUUUGGUGCUGAAGUUGAUGUUGUGGUUGAGAGUGCUAUGGUUGACUUGUAUGCCAAAUGUAGAGAUGUGAGUUCCUGCAGGAAGAUUUUUGAUUCCAUGGAGAAGAAGGAUAAUUUUGUUUGGAGUUCAAUGAUUUCGGGCUAUACCAUGAAUAAUAGAGGAGAGGAAGCUGUGAACUUUUUCAAGGAUAUGUGCAGACAAAGGGUGAAACUGGAUCAGCAUGUGUUAUCUAGUACUUUGAAAGCUUGUGUUGAAAUAGAGGACUUGAAUACUGGUGUUCAAGUACAUGGCUUAAUGAUAAAAAACGGGCAUCAGAAUGAUUGUUUUGUAGCAAGUGUGUUGUUGAAUCUCUAUGCUAGUUUUGGUGAACUAGGAGAUGUGGAAAAGUUGUUUAGCAGGAUUGAUGAUAAAGAUAUUGUAGCAUGGAACUCUAUGAUCUUGGCUCAAGCUCGGCCAGGUCAGGGAUGUGGUCGUUGCAUGCAACUAUUUCAAGAGCUUCGACGGACAACCUUUUUGCAAAUUCAAGGUGCCACUCUGGUUGCUGUUUUGAAGUCUUGUGAGAAAGACUCAGAUUUACCUGCAGGUAGACAAAUUCAUUCACUUAUAGUGAAAUCAAGUUUGUGUCGUCAUACUUUGGUUGGCAAUGCGUUAGUCCACAUGUACUCUGAGUGUAAACAAAUUGAUGAUGCAUUUAAAGCUUUUGUUGACAUUGUAAGGAAAGAUGACAGUUCAUGGAGUUCGAUUAUUGGAACUUGCAAACAAAACAGGAUGGAAUCCAAAGCUUUAGAGCUAUGCAAAGAGAUGUUAGAUGAAGGAAUCAAUUUUACAAGUUAUAGCCUUCCACUGUGUAUUUCAGCCUGCUCACAACUUUUAACUAUAAGUGAGGGUAAACAGCUCCAUGUUUUUGCCAUCAAGUCCGGUUACAGCUGCGAUGUCUACAUUGGGAGUUCCAUUAUAGAUAUGUAUGCUAAAUGCGGGAACAUAGAGGAGUCAGAGAAAGUUUUCGACGAACAAUUAAAGCCAAAUGAAGUAACUUUCAAUGCCAUAAUCUCUGGAUAUGCACAUCAUGGAAAAGCACAACAAGCCAUAGAAGUAUUAAGUAAGUUAGAGAAGAAUGGUGUGGCCCCCAAUCAUGUCACUUUCUUAGCUUUGAUGUCAGCCUGUAGCCAUGCAGGGUAUGUAGAAGAAACUUCGCAUUUGUUUACAUUGAUGCUUGACAAAUACAAGAUUAAGCCAAAAUCGGAGCAUUAUUCGUGCUUGGUUGAUGCCUAUGGUCGUGCGGGAAGGCUAGAAGAAGCUUACCAGAUAGUGCAAAAGGAUGGAAGUGAAUCAGCUUGGAGAACGUUACUUAGUGCUUGUAGGAAUCAUAGUAACAGAAAAAUUGGAGAAAAAUCUGCCAUGAAGAUGAUAGAAUUGAAUCCUAGUGAUCAUGCUCCUUAUAUUCUUCUUUCGAACAUUUACAUUGAAGAGGGAAAUUGGGAAGAAGCUCUUAAUUGUAGGAAGAAAAUGGCUAAGAUUCGUGUGAAGAAAGAUCCAGGAAAUAGUUGGUUGAUUUGA